GUGACCACAGGUUUGGCGUUCCCGCGAAAGUAAUUCAUAAACGACAGUUCUCGUUUUAAAAGCAUUAUUCUGUGUGCACGUGCAUGUUUUCACGCGUUUGUAAGCCUGUUCUACUCGACCUGUGCACCGUGUGUUAAAGUGUGACCAUAUUUUCGUGUGUUUCCCUGAAAAAUUCGCGGUAUAAUCGAGCGGGAAACACAGAUGCGCAGUACGCGUGGGUGCCGCAACUCCUCGGAUUUAUGCAUCGUCUAAAUGAUGUAUUUUGGGUUUUGAAACGAAUGUAUCGCAUCGCCAGGGUAAAACACGACUCCCCUGGUUAAAGGACUGUGAUUUAUACGGAUUUCCACGAGAUUUUACUACGGAAAAGUGUCUGGACAACCAAGCGUCUGUCAUAGGACGCCAAUGCAGCACCAUGUUUGCAUAGUCCUUAAUUUCGACUCGUGUCCGUGAAAGUAAUGGUGUUUACCCACGGGAAUUAAAUAAUUGGACUUCGAAGAAGGUGUUGAGCGGAAAUUUGGAAUUUUUUUCCCCCUUUGAGGUUAUGGUAUACAUAUAGAGGGCGUGACAGUGCCAGAUUGCAAGCAGGGGUUGGUCAUCGUUUCGCGCGCUGGUCUCCCGCGCUUCGACUUCCACGUCCCUUAUUUUUCCGAAGAUUUACCAUUCUGUGAUACCACGAGGCUUGAAAUAAUUUUAGAAAGGACUCGAAGGAAUAUUUGUGCAACGGAACUCGUCGCGGGUGAAAAGUUAUUAUAUAAAAUAUCGAAUCAAAGGCAGCCAAGUAUACGUGCAUGAUGGCGAUCGGGUGCGUGUAAGUUUCGCGCGCUCUUUUACUUUUCGGCGUUUUCCUGGGAAAAUUCUCGUGCGUAUUUUGUAAAAAUUCGUGGGACGUUCAAUCGAACCAUCAGUCAAUUUGUGUUCAAAUUAAAAACGCCCGUUACCGUUCGAAAUAUUUUCUGAACACGUCGACAAUUUUGCAGCAAGAUGCCACAGACGAGUUUACAGGGAAAGAAGUCACAGACUUACUUGCAAGGGGGCAAAGUGGUAACACAAUCUUUAAAACGCAAAAGGCGUACAACAGAAAUCUCUGAGGAUUCUGAAAAUGUGUAUCCGCCUAGUAAAGUACCGGCAUUGUCAAAUGCAUCAUACACAGAAUCAUGUCAUACAGUACAUUCAUUAGAAAAUUCAUGUACACCACAUCAAGUGUCUCCAUUGAAGGAGCAACAAGAGCCAGCCACAUGGUCUGAACUACGAAGUGCUACCUGUUUUUUAACUCCUUCAUCUUCUACAAAUGUAACAAACAGGCCAAGUCCAUUGCCUUCAUUUUCUUGGGCUGAUGGUUCUCAGGUCUGGUCUCUCAUGUGCUUGGGAGAUCAAAAGACCAUUACCCAGAGGAAUCCACAAUUGUUUCAAAGGCAUCCAACAUUACAACCACGAAUGCGGGCAAUUUUGUUGGAUUGGUUAAUUGAAGUUUGCGAAGUAUACAAGCUACAUAGAGAAACUUAUUAUCUUGCAAUGGAUUACAUAGACAGAUAUUUGUCCAUACAUCAAAAUGUACCCAAAAAUCAGUUGCAAUUAAUAGGCAUCACCUGUCUUUUUAUAGCUGCCAAGGUUGAAGAAAUAUAUCCACCUAAAAUAGCUGAGUUUGCAUAUGUAACUGAUGGCGCAUGCACAGAGGAAGAAAUUUUAGGGAAGGAAUUAGUAAUUUUAAAAGGCCUUGGAUGGAGUUUAUCUCCCAUCACUGCUCCUGGUUGGCUUAAUAUUUAUAUGCAAAUUGAAUCGGGUGAUUGGUCAAGGCCAAAUGCUUUUAUUUAUCCUCAAUAUGGGGGUUUACAAUAUUCCCAAGCAGCUCAAUUGAUAGAUCUGGCUACUUUAGAUGAAGGAAGUUUGAAGUUCUCCUAUAGUCACAUUGCAGCAGCAGCCAUCUAUCAUACACAAGGAAGGGAAUGUGCUUUGAGAGUAUCACGCAUUCCAUGGGAUCAACUUGCAGCAUGUGUCAAAUGGAUUACACCAUUUGCAAUAACAGCAGCAGAAGAAGGUUCUCAGUUCCUUUUAAGAUCCGCAAUACCACCUGUAGAGUCUCAUUCUGGAUCUGGACUCAGGGCAACAGUCCCUAAUAUAGUAAUGGACGAAUCGCAUCGUAUACAAACUCAUGUAGUCGAUUUGAAUAUGUUAGAAAGGGCACAGCAACGAUUGGGGGAUGAAGUCCCUUCUGGUGAUGUAAACGAAUCCGAUUCGAACACCGAAUCUGGUAGACAGAGCCCAAAUGAAAGUGGUCUCUUAACUCCACCAUCUAGUAGUCAAAAGAAUUCAACCUCACCAUCGCAUCCUCCACCACAGUUACAUCCGUAUACAUAAUUAAAUAAUGACAAACACUUCAUCCUUUAACGUGGAGUGUUUUGUUUAUUAACUGCUGGUGAAUGAUUUUAACUAGACACGGUAGUGUAUAUGUCUACUAGGAAAUAUCAUGUAAAUGCUUCAAACUGUCCUGCCUUGUGUAAAAUCGCACAUGCGGUAGUAAGUAAGGGAUUGCAUUAGUGCACGAUAACGACAGUAUAUACUGUAUAUUUCGUAAAUAAUACGGUGCUUCCCAUUUAAAUCCAUUGUUUCGCGCAAUGGUACUUCUAUUUGUAAUAAUAAGACUUACAGUACAAGGUGUUAACCAUUUUCUAUAGUGCCCAAAGUGGCACCGAAUCUAUUUAAUAUUACUUGUUUUAUCGUAGACGUUUAAAGAACAAGUGCCUUGUGUGAAGAAACGUAAACUUACAUAGAAGCCUAUGGCUAAGUUCUGUGAUUAUACCCCUGCAGUGAAACUUGUUGAAUUAUAUUAAUAUGUUAGGAUGAAUUAAUAAUGAAUAAUCUUUACUAUUAUCACAAAUCCAGAUAACAUUAGUGCCUGCGAAAAGUGUCCUUAAAACAAACUGUUUUUAUUAGUUACAAGGAGAACAUUGUGAAUAGUAUUCUUUUAUAUAACUCGCUUUAUCUUAACGCAACGUAUUAUAACAAUGCGUUAUUGAGCUGGGUGAAUGUAUUUUUAUGUAUAUGUACAUUGUGAGGUACUAAUAAUAAGCAUAGAAAAAACAUGAAAAAAAAUAGCUGAGAGGGUGCGAGGGGAUGAAUGUGAAUGCGAAGUAUAAGACUACUAAUUAUUGAAUAGGAUUGAAUCUUCGUGAUCCAUGUACACUGCCAUGCACGUAGUGACGCGGUGAUUUAUACACAUUUGUAUGAAAAAUUUGACAAUAAACAUUUGUAAAUCUUAAAAUUGAAUUGAAGAGUUCUGUCAUUACACGUACUGUCAUGUUUAAAUAAUACAGUGACGAGGUUCACAAAAUAUCGAUCACAUUCGAGUCUAGGCGCGUUCGUUCGACGAAUGAUCCAAGUGCCAGAUUUACC